CCUCCGCCCCCAGCCGCGGCCCCACCUUUCCGCAGCCCCGCGGCCGCCGAGGAGCCGGAGCGGAGCGCGGGCCGCCGGCCGCAGCUUCCCUGAACYUUAUUCCACCAUGAAGCAGCUGCCGGGAGAGACAAUCCGGCUCCUUUCAAGCUCUCAGGUGAUUACUUCUGUUGUCAGCGUGGUAAAGGAGCUGAUAGAAAAUUCCUUGGAUGCCAGUGCUACAGGCAUCGAUAUUAAACUGGAGAAUUACGGGUUUAGCAAAAUAGAAGUGAGAGACAAUGGCAGUGGAAUCAAGGUUGAUGAUGUUCCAGUUAUGGCAAUUAAACACUAUACCUCAAAAAUAAGCUCUUCAGAGGACCUUGAAAGGCUGACCACGUACGGUUUCCGUGGGGAAGCUUUGGGAUCGAUUUGCAGCAUAUCAGAGGUUUUGGUCACAACAAAGACAGCUGAUGAUGAUUUCAGCAUUCAGUAUGCUUUGGAUAGCAAGGGGCAUGUAACUUCUAAAAAGCCUUCCCACCUUGGGCAAGGUACUACAGUAACAGUCCUAAAUCUAUUUAAGAAUCUUCCUGUAAGAAAGCAGUUUUACUCAACAGAUAGAAAAUGUAAGGAAGAAUUKAAAAAAGUCCAAGAUCUACUGACAGCAUAUGGUAUCAUAAAACCAGACCUGAGGAUAACAUUAACGCAUAAUAAGGCAGUUAUUUGGCAGAAGACCAGGGUGUCAGAUCACAAAAUGGCCUGUAUGUCAGUUCUGGGAACAGCCGUUAUGAGCAGUAUGGUACCUUUUCAACACUGCUGCGAAUACCCUGAGAUAAAUCUUUCUGGAUUUCUCCCAAAAGCUGAAUCAGACAGUUCUUUGACAAGCCUUUCAAGUUCAGAAAGGAGUUUCAUUUUUAUAAAUAAUCGUCCAGUUCUUCAGAAGGAAAUACUGAAGUUAAUUCGACAAUACUACAGUCUGGCGGCACAAAAGAACUGCACUCGUUUAUAUCCUGUUUUCUUUUUGAAUAUCACUGUCCCUGCCUCUGCUGUGGAUGUGAAUAUAACACCUGAUAAAACACAAGUUUUGCUACAUGAUAAGGAAUCUGUCUUACUUGCAGUUGAAAAUGUGUUGAAAUCUCUGUAUGGCCCACUACCUGCURCAGUCCCUGGUGAAAGUAAUAAAACAGAUGUUACCUCAGAAGACAUGUUUGUUCAUAGAACAGACCAAACAGAUGUGGUUGUUAAUGAGAUGGGACCAUCUGGAAAUGAUGAGCUACAUGCUCAUACUUCAUUCCUUUCACUCAGCAGUGAUGUGCAAAACUGUCAAGCAGGAAAAAACGCAGAGAUCUGCUUAAAUCAUCAGACAUUUAGUGGUGAUAGUGCACACAGUCGCCUGGACAAAAGAGAGGUUUCUAAGAGUGAUGCCUUUCCAGACAGUUCKGUAAAUUUAUUGCAUGAGGAGGAACAGAAUGGACACAAUAUAGCUGAUAUUCAAAACAACAGUGUUCCUGUGGAGUCCGAGUCUAAAAAAGCCAGUGAGCAUCUUUUGAGUUCUGAUAAAAAUGGCAAAAUAGAUAAAAAUGAGGAAGCCUUAGUCCCUAAAGGCUUAUCUGAAAUCUCUGCUGAUAGUUGGAGUAUGGGAUAUGGAUUUAAAGACAGUCUGGGAGACAAGCUGGAACCUGUUAAGAUUUUGAUUCCUGAAGUUGGAAGGCCAGCUAAUAACCAAAAUGGUGGAAAAAGCAAUGAUCCACACACCUCAAAUCAAGGCAUAAAGAAAAAAAACUUGAUAAGUGAAAAAUUUGGACAUGUGACAGCCUAUGACUUAAUUAAUAGCAGAAUAAUAAAGAAACCAAAGUCUGCGUUUGAAUUUUUCACACAUGAAUGUCGUCCAAAAUUGAUAAAUGAUAAUCCAAAGACCAGCAUGAAUGACAUCCUGCUGACAAUUGAAGAGCAGUGGAAGAAUUUGAAUGAAGAGGAGAAAAAAAAUUAUGAAAUAAAAGCCACUAAGGACCAGGARCGGUACAACAGAGAUGUCAAGAAAGCCAAUGCACAGCCACUGCACCGAYCCGCAAAGGAGGCAGAAAAACACAAACCCAAGCUAAAGAGUUCUGCAUCUGACCAGCAGAAGCUUGACAAGAUGUUCCAUGACCAGACUCAAAAGAAGGGGAAACUGGAACAGCCUCUGAAAAUUGUGACAGUGCCUUUUUCUCUGAGUUCCUGCACACGUCACUUUCAGAGACRAGAGAAAAAGGCUUCAGAUGAACACGAGCUUUUCCUGAUCCGUCGUCAGAGUUUUCCUGAUGUCUGGAUGCUUGCUACUGAAAAAAAUGUAAAGUUGCUGAAUCCAUAUAGAGUGGAAGAGGCCCUGUUAUGUAAGAGAUUACUAAUGAACCACAAGCUUCCAGUACAGAAACUGGAYAAUCCAAUCGUGUUAACGGACAGUCUUAUUGGUGGAUCUCAGUAUAUGGCUGCUCUUUGUAAAAUGCAGAAGGAUUACCAGAGUUUCCGUGGAUCRGGUUAUUUGUCAGAUCCAAGGCUUGUAGCAAAUGGAUUCCAGAUAAAAGUGAUAGAAGGUGUUUCGGCUGCAGAAAGUCAUCUGGAAAUAGAAGGGAUGGCAAAUUGUCUGCCAUAUUAUGGAAUUUCUGAUUUGAAAGAAAUUCUGAAUGCAGUAGUUAACAGAAAUGCAAAAGAAGUAUAUGAAUGUAGGCCUCUCAAAGUGAUAAAUUACUUGGAGGGAGAAGCAGUACGUUUAGCUCGGCAGCUGCCCUURCAUUUGUCAAAAGAAGAUGUACAAAACACAAUUUACAGGAUGAAGCAACAGCUUGGAAAGGAAAAUAAAGGCUGCGUUCAUGGUCGUCCUUUUUUUCAUCACUUAACAGAUAUUCCAGAAGUUGACAAGMACAACUCCAUGGAAAUUAUUCAGUAAAUGGAACAUUUUGUUUGGGGUCAUACUUCUGUUGCUUAAUUUUGAUCACUACGUUGUAAUUUCAGUAUGUUUUGUGCAAAGCUUUUGUAUAAUGACUUUUCAUUGUUAUAUGUUCCCCUUUGAAAGACUUUAUUUAAAUAAAAUUGCCACUUGAAAUCUGGGAAUAAAUACUGUUCACCACUAUUUUUUUAAGGAGUUUAUUAAAGAAAUGUUCUCAACUGGUUUCAUCCUUCUCUUAUUGCUGCAGGUUUAAGAAAUACCAAUGUAUCAGAAUUUUUAGAUGUGAAGUGGUUAGAAGUUGCUUUCAACAGAGCAUGACAAAGUUUGCUAURCUAAGGACAUCAGAUUUAACUUUCAGAGGAAUUCCAGAUAGCUGUAAGUAUUUAAAUAUGGCAUUGUCAUAGGCAGUUAUUGUAGUUACAUUUCUAUGGUGUUGUAUUUCUAUUUGGAAAUCCUUAGCUCAUGUAAAAGGGUGCUGACAGCCCUAGUGCCCAGUCUGCAAAAAUUCUGCACUUAACAGAAGUGUGGUUCUUGAAAGUAUAGUACACUUUAAAAACUUUUGAUCGACAAAAACUGUCCAGUUACUUGAAAGCAGAAAGGAUCUGAGUCACAGGAGCACAGGUUAGCACUGAAAUCAGAUGCCCAUGGAUGUUUAUUGGUGCAGUGCUAUACAAAAACUGUUUGGGGGUGGCAAACAUAAACUGUCCUCCCUCAGGGAGAAUGUGGCAUAACUAGGGCAUAGUCUGCUAUAUAGAGAGCUACUGAUUUUGGUAAACUGGUUCAUUCUCUUUCUACCAGAACACAAUGUUUACUCCUCUAUUUCAAGUARUGCCCUACUUCUGUAAACCUACCCCCUUAGGCCUUCUGUGCAUAGCAGAUGCCCUGUCUCUGGAAGAGUGUGUUUUAAAAGUUUCAAGACAACUUACCUGAAAAUUCCUGUCAUCCCCAGCUAUUGUAUGCAAAUAUUGGCACUAUGAAAACGUGGUGGCAGGACGUAGCUUUGUCGUGCUGUGGCUCCUGGGGAAAUGGUUGAAGAUUGCUGAAAGGCCCAGGUACAAGCUAGUUUGUGGACAGACUUGGACCAGACAAGUAAAUGUAGAGUUUGAAUAUGUAAACCACUGAUGGUGAACUGGUGAACUAAUUUAAGAAUUUAAGACAUCACAACCAUAUAUCACAACAUGUAAAUUCUAACCUGAAAGGCAAUGGUUAUCUUUCUGCCAGAGCCUGUUGCAGUAGGACAAGAGGUACUGGUUUUAAACUGAAGGCACCAAUUUAGUUUAGAUAUAAGAAGUUUUUUACAAUUAGGGUGGUAAAACAUUAGAACAGGUUACCCAGAGAGGUAGUAGAUGCCCCAUCUGUGGAAAUAUUCAAGGUCAGGUUGGAURGGGCUCUAGGCAAUUUGAUCUAGUUGAAGAUGUCCCUGCUCACAGCAGGGGAGUUGCAGUAGGUGACCUUUAAAAGGUCCAACUUAAACUAUUCUGCAAUUCUAUGAAUAUUUCUUUAAGCCGUUAAAGUAAGUUUAUCCUUUUCAUAAAGAGCAAGGAUGAUCAGAAGGAACGAGCAGGAUAUCUUUUCAAGCUUAAUGGUAAGCAAGGCACAGAAUGAGAAUGUCACUUGCAAACUGGACACUUGUUGGCUGUAAAUGUCACUCAGUGCAGAAGAUGUGAAUUUUUAGAAUCGAAGUGAGAAGGUGGAUGGAGAUAGAGGAAGGAGACAUGACACUUGGCUCUGAUGGGGAAACAGGAUCCCAGCCUCACAUUGGGUGCAGAAGGUUAUCGUUUGUUAUUUUUGUUCUUGUUGGAAUACAAACUGUGAGAGUUUAGAGAGUAGCCAUUACAGUAAGAAAARCCAAA